CCUUUCUUGAGUUUCUUCACACUCAACUAAAACCACCAUUACAGCUCUAAUAACCACUGCUAGCUACCAACUCACACACGGUUUAAUUUAAAGAAGUUGAAAGGUUCAAUCUUUCUGGGAAUUAUUGAGAUGGCCACUCUUGAAGCUUUGAACUCUCCCACUGCGGCUUCGGCGCCGGCGAUUCAGUAUCUUGAUCAGUCUUGGGUGAAAGGGAAGAGGACGAAGAGGGCGCGGGGAGUGGAGUAUCAGCCUACUGAGGAGGAGUAUUUGGCUCUGUGUCUUAUUAUGCUUGCUCGGGGCGGCGCCGGCGGCGGGGCUCCGGUGGAGGAGCGUUUGCCCACGGCGGCGGCGGCGGGGCAGGUUUCUGAGCAGAAGCUUUUGUAUAAGUGUUCUGUGUGCGACAAGGCGUUUGGGUCUUUCCAGGCUUUGGGAGGGCACAAGGCUAGCCACCGGAAACACGCCGCGCCUGGCGGCGGCGGCGGAGAUGACAGGUCAACUACCUCGACCACCACCGGGAACAGCUCAGCCAACGGCGGCGGAAGCGGGCGGGUCCACGAGUGUUCAAUUUGCCACAAGUGCUUCCCCACCGGACAGGCGUUGGGGGGCCACAAGCGGCGCCACUACGAAGGCGGCAACGUCAGGAUCGCCGCCGCCAGAAGCAACAGCGUAGGGGUCGCCUCGUCGGACUGCGUGGGGUCCACCAACAGCUCCCACCGCGACUUUGACUUGAACCUCCCCGCCUUGCCGGAAUUCUCCCCCGGCUUCGCCGAAGACGAAGUUGAGAGUCCUCACCCGGCCAAGAAAGCACGACUUUCCAUUCCAACCACAAAACUCCACCUCUUCUAAUAUCAAAUCGCUUGGAUUUUUAUGUCUAUUUGCUCCCUCAAUUUUGAUUCAAAGUAGUUCAAGAAAAAUGUUAGUUUAUAUUUAUCUUUGAGACGACAGAAAAUUCUUUGUACUGUAAAUACAGUGAUAUUAGUUUUACUUAAUUCAAUUCAAUUCAUUGUUUUUUUUUCUACAAA